CUCUCUCUCUCUCUCUCUCUCUCUUCUCACUGUCACAGACUCGCCUUUCUCUCUCUCUCUCCUGUCUUGGGCAUCACACAAAUCUCAGACACUUGGGAGAGUCGGACAGAGUGGGUGCGGUGUCGUUUUGGCUUCUUGUGCCACAUCUCUCCGUUCCAGCUCAAUCUGCAUUGCAUUCGUCUCAGAUCGAUCGAAAACCAGAGCUGCUGCUUCAUCUUUUAGCAUUCAUCGGUUUCCCUUUUCUUUCAUUUCCGGCUGCUGGAUGUCAACGUCAACUAGAAGGAAGCAUUGUAAACCUUGGCUUGCCAGAUGAAUUAUUGUUUCUGUAUUAUGCUUGACCAGUGCCACUAUGGGAAUCUUUUUGGUGAAAUGGAGAGGGCUAUGGCUUCUUUACAUUCUACUGCUUUAUGUAACAAUGACCGAAAUCAGAGCUAUUAGUCCUGAUGGUGAGGCACUUCUAAGCUUCAGGACAGCAGUUGUUAGUUCAGAUGGUAUCCUUCUUCGAUGGAGACCAGAAGAUCCUGAUCCAUGUAAUUGGAAAGGAGUGAAAUGUGAUAACAAAACAAAGAGAGUAAUCUACUUGAGUCUUGCUGGUCACAAAUUGAGUGGAUUUAUACCUCCAGACCUUGGGAAGCUAGAUCAGCUUACGAUUUUAGCUCUUCAUAGCAACAACUUUUAUGGGACUAUUCCUUCAGACCUGGGGAAUUGCACACAGUUGGAGAGAAUAUACUUGCAGGGUAAUUACUUGAGUGGAUUAAUUCCAAGUGAAUUGGGAAAGCUUUCAGACCUCCAAUUCUUAGAUAUUUCAAGUAACUCUCUCAGUGGAAAUAUUCCUGUGUCACUAGGAAAGUUGGAUAAGCUUGUUGCGCUCAAUGUGUCAAACAAUUUUCUGGUUGGACCAAUACCAUCUGAUGGAGUGCUUACCAACUUACCCGAAAGCUCCUUUGAUGGAAAUCGUGGUUUGUGUGGGAAACAAAUCAAUCUGGUAUGCAAAGAUGUCCCUGGGGAAUCACCAAAUUCCCAAUCUCCAAGCUCAGAGCUAAAUCAAGGUGGAAAGAAGAAAUACUCUGGUAGGCUACUUAUUAGUGCAUCAGCAACUGUGGGUGCACUUCUUUUGGUGGCUCUCAUGUGUUUCUGGGGUUGCUUUCUUUAUAAAAAGUUUGGUAAACAUGACAGUAAAGGUCUUGCAAUGGAUGUUAGGGAAGGCGCAUCAAUUGUAAUGUUUCAUGGGGAUUUGCCGUACUCUUCUAAAGACAUAAUUAAGAAAUUAGAGACUUUGAAUGAGGAACAUAUUAUUGGUGUUGGUGGCUUUGGAACAGUGUACAAGCUUGCAAUGGAUGACGACAAAGUAUUUGCAUUAAAAAGAAUUGUAAAGAUGAAUGAGGGGUUUGAUCGUUUUUUCGAGAGGGAGCUAGAAAUUCUUGGAAGUAUAAAACACCGGUACCUGGUGAAUUUGAGGGGCUAUUGCAAUUCUCCAACAUCAAAGUUGUUAAUCUAUGAUUUCCUAUCUGGUGGAAGCCUUGAUGAAGCUCUUCAUGAAAGAUCUGAGCAGCUUGAUUGGGAUGCACGAUUGAAUAUUAUUAUGGGAGCAGCAAAAGGCCUGGCCUACUUGCAUCAUGAUUGCUCACCUAGGAUCAUACAUCGAGACAUAAAGUCAAGCAACAUUUUACUUGAUGGAAAUCUUGAGGCACGAGUAUCUGACUUUGGACUAGCCAAACUGUUGGAGGACGAAGAAUCUCACAUUACGACAAUUGUUGCAGGAACAUUUGGUUAUCUGGCUCCAGAGUAUAUGCAAAGUGGUAGAGCAACUGAAAAGACUGAUGUUUAUAGUUUCGGGGUCCUGGUGCUUGAAGUAUUAAGUGGAAAACGACCCACAGAUGCGUCAUUCAUUGAGAAGGGCUUCAACAUUGUUGGCUGGUUAAAUUUUCUGGUCACAGAAAAUAGGCAAAGAGAAAUUGUUGAUCCACAGUGUGAGGGGGUGCAAGCUGAAAGCCUUGAUGCCCUGCUCUCUGUCGCCAUUCAAUGCGUUUCUUCAACUUCAGAAGAUCGACCCUCUAUGCACAGGGUCGUCCAGCUGCUUGAAUCCGAAGUCAUGACACCGUGCCCUAGUGAUUUCUACGAUUCCAGCUGACUAAAAAGGCUUUGUGCAGAUGGCAAGUCAGAAUUUGCGUUUACAUCACUGUUGUAUCAGAUAUGCAGUGCAAGCGGCGGAAGGGACGAAGUCUCUGUGAAGGUAUAUCAGCCAUUUCAUUCAUUCUUUCUUUCUGCAGAUAAAUGGCAUUUAGAAGAUGGCAUGCACGUCUGUAGUCAACAUUGCCUCUGUUCAAACAUCAUUUUGCGCAGUUGCGUUCAAACUUUUGUAAUUCCUCCUGGCUUCUGUUCCCCAAAGUUAAGUGUAUAUGAUAUUAUACAAUAGGUCCCUCUGCAAAUGAUUCUUGUUUAUGCCAUUUUUGUAAAAUAUGAUUACGUGGCAAUAAGUCGGAUGUAGUAGCGCCCGUGCCCACUGUUUUCGCUGUUGUUUGUAAUAUUAUGUUUCCCACUUCAUCAUUUUAAUUCUUAAUCUUCCUUAAUCUUGA